AUGAUGGAACAGUUUACGCUACCAUUCCUUCCAAUGCUUGCCGAUGACGAUAUCCGAAAAAGCACACUUGCCUAUCCGUCCAACGUACGACGGUGGCGCCCAGCAACGGAAGCCGACUGUGGCCUUUGGUUUCACACAGAGGUUUCCAACAUCAUACUUCCCGCACGGUUUGAUUAUCCGGCCGUGCUACAGAAGAUUGAAGCAAAACCCCCAAGUCUGGUGGUCCAAAUUCCAGAGACAGUCGACAUCGUCUACGAUCUAUCACAUCCGAAUAGCGGAAAAUAUCCGCUUGUGAUAGGGGAGUGGAAGAGGAAUCUCAUCGAUCCCGAGAGAGUGGCGGGCAAGGGAGCUUCGAGGGUUUGUUGCCGUAUUUGUUACAAUGCAUGGUGCCAAAGACAAUACGCGAUCGAAUACGAGUGUCCCUACAUGUUCUGCUUGUUCUGCUUUGACGGGGAGCAGCUUCUUCUUCUACAAUUUUGGGCUACCUCACUGGAAGACAUGAAUGACUGUCUCGUUGACUGCUGGGUCAUUCCACACCGGAACAACAGUCCCGGAUGCACCCUCCGAUAUGCCUUCCAUCGCUUGCUUAUCCAAGGUUUUCGAAGGUGCCAAGGGCUCUCUGGGCUAACCGUGUCUAUUAACGGGCUCACUCCUGCACUUCGAGAAUUGUUCUCUGGUACGCCGGUUUUCCGCAUUGAGAGUGGUAAGCUGGUCUAUUCGCAUCCUCAGAACAGCGACGGGUGUAUAUUUCAUCGUGAGCUUGAGGUUACACACGGGUCCUUUUACUGGGCUUUCUACGGCCAGCCCAUCGUUGGUGACAAUGGCGAGGUACUUCGGGAUACUAGGCCGAUGUGGGCGAGGGUGUUUGUAGGCGUGGCUAAGCUCAGCAUGUUUGCUAUGACGGGCAUUGAGAUUCAGGUACCUUAA